GUUAGGUGGAAAAGAACAAUAAUUUGGCUUUUUCUUUUCACCUAGCCGUCAUCUUCUUACGGGAGAGAAGGAGAAUGAAGAGGAGAUCGAAAGUAACAAGAAGAAGCCAUGAACCUACACGGGAGAUUCCUUUUGAUCUCGUGGUAGAUAUUCUCAUGAGACUUCCUGCUAAAUCCCUUAUGAAGUUCAAAUCUGUAUCGAAGCUGUGGUCAUCCCUAAUCUGUUCACAAUAUUUCACCAAGCGCUUCCAAAGGGUUUCAUCAUCUACACCUCGUCUAUACAUGAGUUUGAGUUUCUUUGACAACAGUCACGACGCGUUAUUAUCAGCUUCUCUUAGAUCUGACUCGGGUAACACUAUAUCUUCCUUUGAGGCCGACCAAGAUUUUACCAUCCCAGCGAUGAGAGGCUACCACGUCUCUCACGUUUUUCGCGGUUUGAUGUGCUUUGUGAAUGGGCAAAGUGCGAAGAUAUAUAAUACUACCACUAGGCAACUUGUACUCUUACCGGACAUAGAAGAAUCCAACAUCAUACCUGAAGAUCACAAGUAUAAGAAGAUCAUGUACAUAUGUCACGACCCUGUUCAUGAUCAAUAUAAAGUUCUUUGCACCGUUUCAAAAACCAGGGGAGAAGAGUUAUCGAGGUACUUGUCAGAACAGUGGGUCUUGCUACUAGGAGAAGAUGUUUCAACACGUCGAUGGCAAAAGGUUCCGUGCCAGUAUCCACCGCAUAUGACUUUAACACAAGGGUUGACUAUCAAUGGGCGUAUGUAUAGCCUUGCUUGGGUUCAUUUGCCUGAUUCUGUUCUUGUGAGCUUCGAUGUGAAUACUGAAGAAAUCAUUGUUCAAUAAGUACCUAAAAAUGCUGAGUGGUGGUCUCUUGUUGAUCUCAUAGAAUACGGUGAAAAAUUAGCUAUUUUACACUUUUCUUGUCUUCAGAGAGAAGGUAAGACGAAACUAUGGGUUAUGGAAGAUGCAAUAAAGAAUAGGUGGUCAAAGAAGACUAUGUUUUUGCAUCCUUCUCAACUGAAUAUACUCAAAAUGCAUAUAGGCGAUAACAUGAGUUUGAGGGUACUAGGUACAACAAGAAAAGGUGAAGUUAUCUUGGUACCCCGGGUUAAAACUGAUUAUGGACCAGGAGUGGUUAUGCUGGAACCUCAAAUUAGAGCUUAUUUCUACAUAUUUCUUUAUGAUUUACAAAAGAAUGAUAUGAGAAAAGUUGAAAUAAAAGAAACACCAAACCGCUAUCUUACCAACACUUGUGACAUUGCUGGAUUUGAUGACGUUGAGAACUUGCUGUAUUUCUAAACAGAAAAUGCUUGUGCA